GGGAAGCCGCUCACCGUCGGAAGCUGCGGGAGCUGAAGCUGCGCCAUCGUCACUGUAGGCGGCCAUGACACCGCUCGUCUCCCGCCUGAGUCGUCUGUGGGAUAAAAUGAAGGUUUUGGACUAGAUGACUACUAAAGGCUGUUUCAGUGUAACCAUGCUACAUCUCUAAGAGGCAGAGAAACCUCCUACCCCCAUUCUCCCAGACACACCUGAACACCUAAACACACAAUCACAGCCAUCAUGAGGAAGCCACGAGCAGCCGUGGGAAGUGGUCACAGGAAGCAGGCAGCCAGCCAGGAAGGGAGGCAGAAGCAUGCUAAGAGCAACAGUCAGGCCAAGCCUUCUGCCUGUGAUGACUGCUGUGUCCCAAGACCCUGGUACCCAGGCUAUGCAGGGAUGAUUCCUGAGUGUCCUGGGGCCCCAGCAGGCCUGGCCAGGCAGCCGGAAGAGGUGGUAUUGCAGGCCUCUGUCUCCCCAUACCAUCUAUUCAGAGACGUAGCUGAAGUCACAGCCUUCCGAGGGAGCCUGCUAAGCUGGUACGACCAAGAGAAGCGGGACUUACCAUGGAGAAGACGGGCAGAAGAUGAGGUGGACCCGGACAGGCGGGCAUAUGCUGUGUGGGUCUCAGAGGUCAUGCUGCAGCAGACCCAGGUUGCCACUGUGAUCAACUACUAUACCGGAUGGAUGCAGAAGUGGCCUACACUGCAGGACCUGGCCAGUGCUUCCCUGGAGGAGGUGAAUCAGCUCUGGGCUGGCCUGGGCUACUAUUCUCGUGGCCGGCGGCUGCAGGAGGGAGCUCGGAAGGUGGUAGAGGAGCUAGGGGGCCACAUGCCACGUACAGCAGAGACCCUGCAGCAGCUCCUGCCCGGCGUGGGGCGCUACACAGCUGGGGCCAUUGCCUCUAUUGCCUUUGGCCAGGCAACCGGUGUGGUGGAUGGCAACGUAGCACGGGUGCUGUGCCGUGUCCGAGCCAUUGGUGCUGAUCCCAGCAGCACCCUUGUUUCCCAGCGGCUCUGGGGUCUAGCCCAGCAGCUGGUGGACCCAGCCCGGCCAGGAGAUUUCAACCAAGCAGCCAUGGAGCUAGGGGCCACAGUGUGUACCCCACAGCGCCCACUGUGCAGCCAGUGCCCUGUGCAGAGCCUGUGCCGGGCACGUCAGAGAGUGGAGCGGGAACAGCUCUUAGCCUCAUGGAGCCUGUCGGGCAGUCCUGAUGUGGAGGAGUGUGCUCCCAACACUGGACAGUGCCAGUUGUGCCUGCCUGCUUCAGAGCCCUGGGACCAGACCCUGGGAGUGGUCAACUUCCCCAGAAAGGCCAGCCGCAAGCCUCCCAGGGAGGAGAGCUCUGCCACCUGUGUUCUGGAACAGCCUGGGGCCCUUGGGGGUGCCCAAAUUCUGCUGGUGCAGAGGCCCAACUCAGGUCUGCUGGCAGGACUGUGGGAGUUCCCGUCCGUUACCUGGGAGCCCUCAGAGCAGCUUCAGCGCAAGGCCCUGCUGCAGGAACUACAGCGUUGGGCUGGGCCCCUCCCAGCCACGCGCCUCCGGCACCUUGGGGAGGUUGUCCACACCUUCUCUCACAUCAAGCUGACAUAUCAAGUAUAUGGUCUGGCCUUGGAAGGGCAGACCCCAGUGACCACCGUACCAGCAGGCGCUCGCUGGCUGACCCAGGAGGAAUUUCACACCGCAGCUGUUUCCACCGCCAUGAAAAAGGUUUUCCGUGUGUAUCAGGGCCAACAGCCAGGGACCUGCAAGGGUUCCAAAAGGUCCCAGGUGUCCUCUCCGUGCAGUCGGAAAAAGCCCUGCAUGGGCCAGCAAGUCCUGGAUAAUUUCUUUCGGCCUCACAUCUCCACUGAUGCACCCAACCUCAACAGUGCAGCCCAGUGACACCUCUGAAAGCCCCCAUUCCGAGAAUCCUGUUGUUAAUAAAGUGCUUAUUUUUGUAGUUA